GACUCAAAGUGUCUCCAUCCAGGGACAUUUUCCACCCACUGUAGUACUCGGAUUUUCAGAGAAGAAAUAACGUAUGCUGCCAUAUCCAGAACGUAUGUUGUCAUAUCCAGCACUUGAAUUGCAAUGCUUCCUUUUCGCGGUCUUUUAAGGGAUUAAGCAGCACUUCUUAAACAAAAGUGAGGACUGACUGAAAAAAAAUGGAAAUUUUCAAGCAACAGAACGUUGAAGAUUUCUAUGAAAUCGGGGAAGAGUUGGGAAGUGGACAAUUUGCCAUUGUGAAGCAAUGCACAGAGAAAAAUACAGGAAAGGAAUUUGCUGCUAAGUUUAUAAAAAAGCGUCAAAGUAUUGCCAGUUCUCGGGGAGUUCGGCUGGAGGAGAUACAGCGGGAAGUGCAGAUUCUACAGGAGAUUCAGCACCAGAAUAUUGUCACUCUACACGAUGUCUAUGAGAACCGCACUGAUGUGGUUCUCAUCCUGGAGUUGGUCUCUGGGGGUGAGCUGUUCGACUUCUUGGCCCAGAAAGAGUCUCUCAGUGAAAACGAAGCAACCCAAUUCAUCAAGCAAAUCCUUGAGGGGGUGAACUACCUCCACUCCAAAAAAAUUGCCCACUUCGAUCUUAAGCCUGAAAACAUAAUGCUGCUUGAUAAGAAUGUACCAAUGCCAAGGAUUAAGCUCAUUGAUUUCGGUCUUGCCCACAAAAUUGAAGCCGGAGUGGAAUUCAAAAACAUCUUUGGAACCCCUGAGUUUGUUGCACCUGAGAUUGUCAAUUAUGAGCCAUUGGGUUUGGAAGCAGAUAUGUGGAGCAUUGGAGUCAUAACCUACAUCCUAUUGAGUGGUGCUUCUCCUUUCCUCGGUGAGACUAAACAGGACACAUUGAAGAACAUCUCAGCCAUAAAUUAUGAGUUUGAUGAUGAGUUCUUCUGCAACACCAGUAAACUGGCCAAAACGUUCAUCAGUCAUUUGCUGGAAAAGGACAAAAGGAAAAGACUAACAAUUAAAGAUGCUCUUAAUCACCCUUGGAUUAAGUCUAAUGAGCACACGGAGGAGCAUAAAGGCCAAGACCUGCAAAAACGAGAGAGGCGCCAGCUCAAGACCAAGCGUUUGAGGGAGUACACUAUUAAGUCCCACUCAAGCAUGCCACCCAAUAACACCUAUGUAAACUUUGAGCGCUUUGCUCAAGUUGUGGAAGACAUUGAUCAAAUGGAACGGUCGUUCCUAAGCUUGGCAGCAUCCCAUGAUUCUCUGCAAGAAGAUAUUGAUGCUACAGUUUCUAUAUACAAUGAGAAAGAGGCUUGGUACAAGGAAGAGAGUGAAGGACUGCACCACGAGCUCUCGCAAAUCCGUUACGAGUUCCGUAAGGUGGAAUCCUUGAAGAGAAGUCUGCAGGACGAAAUGCAGACUUUUAGCUCCAGCCUGAGUGGCAUCAGCAGCCGCUACCAGGAACGGCAGAAUCAUUUUGAUGCACUCAACCAAGAACUUAGCAAUGAGCUGAAAUGGGUGCAGGAGGUCAUGGGUUCAUUUUCCACCGAAGGUGCUAGUUACCCCAACGUCAACUUUUCCACUGUCUUCAACAACGAGGUCAAUGAAGCUCUGAAAGAGUUGAUGAACCGCCCUUGUGAAGGAGAUCUGCUGUCUGGGAUCAACCUGGACUUAAACGAACCUGGCCAACAAAGAUAGAUUUAUUGUUUCAAGUUCAAUCGAUUCUGAAUGCAUGUACAUUAAAUACAGUGGUAUGCAAAAAUUUGGGUGCCAACAAUCAUAUUUUUAAGAUUUUGCUUUGUAGAUCACUGUUUGUUUGGAAUAAAAAUUUCAGUUAAAUACUAGUAUAUCAAACAGCAGAUGAAAACAGCAAUAUUUGAGCUUACAGGAUAAACAAAAAGUGUAUAUACUGUAAUUUUCGGAUUAUAAGGCGCACCUGACUCCAAGUCGCCACCCACCAAAUUUGACACGAAAACGGGAUUUGUUCAUAGAUAAAUCGCACUUGCCUAUUAGCCGCAGCUGUCCUCACUGUAUAAUGGGAUAUU